AGAAAGUUAGGAACGCAGGUGCAAGCCACUGCGGGACCCUCCGUAACUGCCCCGUUUAUUCCCUCGCCACCGCAGCGUUCUCCUUCCCAAAUUCGACCACGGCCAUAGCCCCACGCAUCCUCCGCCGCUGCUUCUUCCUCCUCCCUUCCCUUGCUACCAACCCUAAUACACCAACACCUUCUUCUCUCUCACGUCAAAAUCUCAGCUUUCAAUUUCGAGGUCGCAUGAUCGAGCCAUCAAAGAAGGCCGCCCUAGUUAUAGAUCUUUGCCUAAAAGUUGCUUAGUAUUUGGUAAUGGCAAAUGCUGAAGUAACUAGCGCUGUAGAAAGUGCCAAUGAAGAUAUUCCUUUGUUCUCGGAUAUUUCUGGUUAUAAUCAGGUUGAGGAGAUUUCACCGGAUUUGUUGAAGAAUACGCCAUCAAACAUUGCCAAACUGGAAGAUGCAAUUGAACAUUGCAAGGCCCACCAGAAGUAUCUUGCAUGCACGAAGAGCCCUUCCGAUGGGGAUGAUGUCCGUUGGUACUUUUGCAAAGUGCCUCUCGCAGAAAAGGAGCUUGCCGCUUCAGUUCCUAGAACAGAAAUUAUCGGAAAGAGUGAUUAUUUCCGAUUCAGUAAGAGGGAUUCUCUUGCACUAGAGGCUUCUUUCUUGCAGAUGGAGGAAGAAUUACUUGCACAUUGGUGGAAGGAAUAUGCAGAAUGUAGUGAGGGUCCAAGUGGACCUCAAACGACUAGUAGCUUAACUUUUGACUACAAAUAUGAUGAGUUGUAUGCUGUAGAGGAAGAGAGAGUAGGUGUCCCUGUAAAAGGUGGUCUUUAUGAGGUGGAUUUAACUAAGCGUCACUGUUUCCCUGUGUAUUGGAGUGGUGAGAACAGACGUGUUUUAAGAGGCCAUUGGUUUGCCCGUAAAGGUGGACUUGAUUGGCUUCCACUACGUGAGGAUGUUGCAGAACAACUAGAGUUGGCCUAUAAUUGUCGAGUAUGGCAUCGUCGCACGUUUCAACCUUCAGGUCAAUUUGCUGCUCGUAUUGAUUUGCAGGGCACAUCUCCAGGAUUGCAUGCACUUUUUACAGGAGAAAAUGAUUCUUGGGAAGCAUGGUUAGCUUUUGAGAACAUUGGCUUCUCUUUUGGAGGUGGUGCUGUGGUUAAACUAAGACGUGGUUUCUCAACUUCUGGAUCAGUGAGGCCUACUCAGGAUGAGCUUCGGCAGCAGAAAGAGGAAGAAAUGGAUGACUACUGUUCUCAGGUGCCAGUUGGUCACCUAGUUUUCAUGGUUCAUGGUAUUGGACAAAGAUUAGAGAAAGCAAAUUUGGUUGAUGAUGUUGGUGAUUUUCGUCGUAUAACAUCAAGUUUAGCUGAGAGACACUUAACUUCAUACCAAAAAAGCACCCAGAGGAUUCUAUUUAUUCCCUGCCAGUGGAGAAAGGGUUUGAAGCUGAGCGGCGAAAGUGCAGUUGAGAAAAUAACCUUGGAUGACGUUCGAGGUCUCCGCAUGACAUUGAGUGCCACAGUACACGAUGUUCUUUAUUACAUGAGUCCUAUCUAUUGUCAGGAUAUUAUUGAUUCGGUGUCUAAUCAAUUAAACCGACUAUAUUCAAAAUUUCUUAAGCGAAAUCCUGGUUAUGACGGAAAGGUUUCUUUAUAUGGUCACUCAUUAGGAAGUGUACUUUCUUAUGAUAUCCUUUGUCAUCAAGAGGGUUCUUCUGCACUGUAUUCUAUGGAUUCUGUACUUGUGAAAAGCGUAGGUGUCCCUAUAAAAGAGUCUAAGGUUGAUGCUUCUUAUCAGCCCACUGAACCUAAUGUUUCCAUGAGAUAUGAGAAUAACAGCACCAAAACAAGAUCCGCUUCAGAUCCAUAUAACACUGUUAAUUAUAGCACUCAAGAUCUUUCUGUCAGUGAAGAUAACAUUCAUGCUAAAGACCUGCAAGAGGUGUUUUCAGACAAUGAUGGUAUUAUGGAUCCUGAAGAGGAAUUUGAUGAUCUGGAUCAACUAUAUUUCAAGGGUGGGGAAAGUUCUACCACGGUUCUAACACCUAGUGUGGAUUCAGAUGAUGCUGCAGUCAGAGAUGGUAGGUCUCAAACCGAAGACAAAGCUGAUAAGGACAAAAUAAUCAUUCUCCUUGAGGAAGAGGUGAAGUCCCUUAGAAUGAAAAUCGCAGGAUUUGAAAAGAUUCAUCAGUCAGCAACUUACUUUAAGACCAACCCAAGGAAUCCUGCAAGCAAUGAAAUUUGUCAUGCCAAAGGAAAAUUAGUUGAAUCUAUUAGUCUAUCAUCUGGAACAUUGUCCAAGGAGGAAAAUGUUAAAACAAAGAGUUAUACACCUCUUAUCAAAUAUACCAAGCUUGAUUUUAAGGUUGAUACAUUUUUUGCUGUUGGAUCGCCUCUUGGUGUUUUCCUUGCCCUACGAAAUGUCCGCAUAGGAGUAGGCAGGGGACAAGACUAUUGGAAGGACGAAACAAUAAUUGAAGAAAUUCCUGCCUGCAGACAAAUGUUGAACAUUUUUCAUCCUUUUGAUCCUGUAGCAUACAGAGUAGAACCAUUGAUCUGCAAGGAGUACAUUUGCAAGCGUCCUGUUAUUAUUCCUUAUCAUAGGGGUGGGAAACGGUUGCAUACUGGGUUUCAGGAGUUCACAGAAGAAAUAGCUUCGCAUUCUAGAACUUUGAAGAGUCAAAUAAAUUCUCUGACGGUUAACAUAGCCAGCAUGUUUCAACCACAGAACAAGGAUAACAAUGAAGGCACCUUAGACGCAUUCAAAGAAAAAGAGAGAUCAUACGGUUCCUUCAUGAUUGAAAAACUAACUGGCAAUGAAGAUGGUCGAGUUGAUCAUGCUCUCCAAGAUAUAACAUUUCGGCAUCCAUACCUAUCAGUUAUGAAGUCACACACUAAUUACUGGCGUGAUAAGGACACUGCUCUUUUUAUUUUAAAUCAUUUAUAUCGUGAUAUUCCUGAAGAGCCUUAUACAAGUAGUGGAGAGACAACUAAUCUAAGUGGUCCGAGCAGUCAAAGAGUGCCAACAAAAUUGUUCUACGAGCGAGAUAUCAUUGCUGAGGAGACCCCAUUGACAUUUUCUGACAGAUAUUCUAUUAAGGAAUUCUCAAGGGAAGUGAAGAAUGUUUCCAGAUAGUUCUUUGGCCUUUAUCUAUCAGUAAAAUGAAAGUAAACUCAAAAAGUAUGCGCCGAAGGCAUGUUCUUUAGCCCGAGGGUUGCGGAAGCCUUCUGUAUAAAUGCGUACCACUGAAUUGCCAUCCUUAAGUAGGUUAAUUUUGCUCUUUCUACGUUGUGUACGUAUACAUACAGUGAAUUUUCAUUUAUUUUCUUUAGUUUUAAACUGAAAAGUAUAGCAUUGUAUAAGAAUACACUACGGGAUGUAAUGCUUCGGUUUUAUUUUUUCAAUGGUAAUUAUGUCCGAGCAAUGUUUAUUAGUUAA